CACACACCCAAAAAAAAAAAAAAAUCAACAAUAUGAUGUUGAAUAAGCUUCAAUCGCCAACUAGCCUUUCUAAGAUUCCAGUCCGCCCUUACUGCUGAAAAUCAUCUUCAUCAUGAAUACAGAUGCCAUUAAUAGAGGAUGAGAGUUCAACUGUCAGUCCAUACAAAAUUUUGAAAAUUUUACAUGUCAUAUAUUUUUUCUUCCUUUCUUUUAUUUUUUGGAUGUAUUACGACCAACUCUUCGUCGUCUGUCAUCGAAAACGAACACUUGUAAAAUAGCAUCCGUGCAGACCGGAUUUGUAUCCGACAGAGACCCUCCGAUGUCUAAAUCAGAGAGAAAAGUUGGUAAACAGGAGUUGAAUGUAAGUAGUAGCAGAGUUUUGGCUCAAAAUUGACUUACCAGCCUCGUUUCUCUUAUCCUUUUUAUAAAUGAGAUUUUCGUAACCGUCGGAGGUGGUCCCGAAUUUUAUGGUGUUAAAUCAUCGGGCCAUAAUCACAUAAUGGAUCGUUAAUUCCCACUGAUCGCGUCGUGAUAUGCGAUCGGAACCGUUCGUGACGGUUAUGGUAUAUUUGAGUUGACUGGCCGACCAUAUGUGACCGUCGGCUAGCAGUUUCGUUAUGUCAAUGGUCUAAGUCGUCUGCUGUCAGUCGGUAGUAGUCGAAUCAGUAGUCGGUCAGCCGGCAAUGGAUCGAUGCGGUUCGCUCAGUUGGUCGAUGAAGAGUCGGAACCGCAUAAUCAGCCAAUGUAGAGUCGGUCGGGGUUGUAUGUCUAGUUGGUCGGCUGUUGUUGAGUUGGAGUCGGUAGUCGAUUGACCUGAGUCGGGGGUUGACUGACUUAUCCCAACAGUUGCCCUCCACUCCCAAGUCUAAGGUGAGUUGACGUGUAUAUCACCACAUAGUUUGUCACGUUUGAUGAUGUGAGUUAAUUUUUGUUACAUUGAAUCCCGAUUUUGAUGUCGUUUUCUUCGAGAUAUGGAUGAUCGGCUAUUUUGUCAUGUUGGCAGAUACAGUCGUCUGUCACAUUGACCAAACGAUCAGUUGUCAGUGUCAGACGUCGUUUUGGAAAAUCGAUUCGGCAUCUAAUGAUAUGAUUCUGAUAAGUAGAUUUGUUCCACGUGUCCGAAUGUCAUUGGAUCGAAAUUGUUCACGCGGAUAGAGGUGACGUGGCUCAAUCUGAGGUAGGUGCGUUGAACCGUCCGAUCAAUAGUCGGUCUAAAUGUUACCACAUAUCAUCAUCUAGUAGAUCUUCGAUUUGACCGCCUUCAUCUUGACCGUUGAGUAAUCCUAUAUAUAGGGUCACUCUCAAUCAAAUUUUUAUUUUUCACUGCUUUUGGUGCUGGGGCUCUGUCGGAUUGUUGUCCCAACGUCCAAGGUUAUCACUCCCAAAUUUCAGGUCGACUUCGCCUUUCUUUCGAGUCGUUUCCUCUUUCCUCUAAAGUCUCUGUCUUCUUCAGAAUUGUUCUUAUGGCUAGAGCUCCUUCUUCUUGAAAAGAUCGGUCGGAGAAUCUGACUGAUGAAUCCCAGUCGAGUCCGGAUAUGGAGGUCUCUUCACUUUCGGGACCGAAUGUUGAACGGCUUUGAGAGCAGUUUUGUAUCUCGGAGCCGUUUCAACUUUUCACCCUUAGGACCGAUGGUCAGGUGAAUAACCCACCUUCGGACCAGGUGGCCUUCUACAUCGAAGAUCUUCGGGCGGGUCUUCGAUUUUCGAUUUCGAAAUUUGUCUGAAAUAUUUUGGAUUAUUACAGAUUUUGCCCGGCUUAGCUGGCACCGAACGCGGUCCGGCUGAUAAUUAGCUUUGCUUUGCUGUGUCGGAUGUUGCUGACCAUGUCCCAUCAUUCUCUUUUUCGAGCCUUCUUCGUCCUCCGACCUCAUUCGAAGGCCCGAGGGUAGUGGUUCUUCAACCUUCGAAAAGGCUUUUCCUUUAUUAUCGAUCUUCCAUCGUCCAUUCAUGGAUGGAAGAAUCAGUUUUUCUUUGUUUCUUCUUCUCUCUCUCGGGGUUUUCCUUCUCGUUGGGGUGAUCCACGUACCGGUCCCAAUGAUAAUAGCCGAGUGGAGGUCGAUGAUCAGGAGGACUUUCACCGGCUGAAAGACAUGUUGGUGUCGAAACAAAGAGAGCUUGUAACCGAACAGGCCCUUUAUGACAUCGGUCUUAGUUCGGUUCCUCAUCUAGGUAUAGUAGAAUUGAUCGAUUAUUUUUGACUUUCUUUUUACUUGCUGAAUUGUACUGACCUUCGUUGUAUUUGUAGCCAUGCAGCAGAGGGUGUGAGUGUCGAAUAUCGACAUUCGUCAGCACGCUAUCAAGAAGAGGGCAGCAUCUGAGACUGGGCCUUUGCGACCGUCGAAGAGGCACCAGCUCCAGUCGGUAUUUCAACGUCGAUCGUAGAACUCGAUGCCCUAUCAGCAUCGAUUCCUGAACCAGUCUUGACGCUGUCAGUUCUGAUAGUGCUCUCUGCGGCAUCGUCCGAGGAGAGGGUGGCGAGGGGGACUACCGAAACAGCAUCAGUAGUCCCACCACCUGAGGAGGUUCGGGCUGAGUGAGACAAGAGAGCCCGAACAAUCUACAGCUGCAUCAGUUGCUCCUUCAAUUGGGGCGCAGUCAAGCUCAAGCUUCCCCUCGCUUUCAAACGUGGGGCCGCUGACAACAGACCGGGGGAAAGCUCCGAUGGCGUUGGUGGAUGAUGCUGUAUCAGAGGGUCAUGCGGUGCACUUCGACCUCCAAGUGCCUGUCGAUGAGUCGGCCUUGGCUAAUUCUGUACUGGCCAAGCGACUGUGUCAGGCGACUCUCCUUCCAGCUGAUCGAGAGCAUCGGAGAAAACGAUCGGUGGUCAAAAUAUUUUCAUCCUUUUAUCCGACCAUCAUCGAGUUGAUCCACGACAUGUCUGACCUGGAGGUCGGCUAUAAGAAGUUCGCCAACAUCCGCAGUGCGUGGAAGAAUAAGAUGGCAGCCGUCGAUGCUGAGAAAGCCGCUGCACUUGAACAACUUGAGUCAGCGGCAGAACGAGAAGCCAAACUUCAGAAAGAGAUUUUCUGACUCACUAACGACUUGGCAUCCUCGGGGGCCGAACUUGCGUCGGCUUAUGGGACUAUUUCGGCUCUGGAAUCACAGGUCAAGAGCAAGAAGCAUUCUAUCCAUCGGCUUCGAUGAGAGCGAGAUGGAUGCAUCGAAGAACUCGAAGCCGAACGUGGACGUCAUCGGGCCAGUCUGGAAAGAUUGGCACUGGUCGAAGAAGAAUUGUCCUCUGCUUGAGUCGAUGCUGAUUUGGCUAAGGCAGAAGUAGAGUCGGCAAGAGAAGCACUGGGUCGGACAGUUGAGAAUUUUCAAGAUUUGAAAGAAUAUCGGGAAGAGAUCCUCAAAAAUGACUUCACUUCGUACUACGUCGGGUAUGAAGAUAGAAGAGAUGCGGUCGAAAAGUUAUACCCGAGCUUCGACUUGAGCAACAUCAUCCCUCCAAGAUCGGAAGGAGUUAUUGAAGAAGAAGCUACUCCGAUUCAAGAAGAAGCAUCGACUGAGCCUGAAAUCGUUCAAGUCAAAGAUACUACACCCGAGCAAAGGAAUGAUGAUGAAGCUUAGUCGGUGUAUUUUGCUUUCUUGUGGUAAUUAGAUACCUGUAAUCGAAUUUUGAUCUAUUUUGUAACUU